AUGGAAUUGAUUCCAUACACCUUUGCUUCUGGGUUAGAUGAUUACCCCCGUGCGUCCCAUCCUGACGAAAAUGAGCGUCACCUUGACCUUCGUUGUUGGAUGGCGAUGGCUUCGGGAGUGUUAGCGAACAUUGCAAAAAGGACUGGAGAGGACUCAAGCGCAUACGAGAAAAUUUAUAAAGAUCUUACCGCUAACAAAUUGUUAGAUAGUUUACAUUGGGACUCUGGCCACGAAUUUUAUAGUGAUUAUGGAUUGCAUACGAAUGACAUAGAAAUAGACAGUGACAUCAGUAUAGACCGCAUUGUUUAUUCACAUCCAGCAUUUGGAUAUAUUGGGAUAUUUGGAUACGUUAGCUUAUUUCCUCUGAUGCUAAAAAUUCUUGAUUCCGAUUCUCCUCGAUUGGAAAAAAUGCUGUCAGACCUGAGAAGAGAAGAUUUGUUAUGGACAAAAUAUGGGAUACGCUCAUUAUCAAUAAAGUCAACAUUUUACAACAUGCCAAAUACAGUUACCGACCCUCCGCACUGGAGAGGAGCAAUAUGGAUAAAUAUGAACUACCUAAUUAUCAGUGGACUUCACCACUACUCUCAAGUUCCUGGUCCUUAUCUUAAUCAAGCAAGUAAUAUGUAUACAGAGCUAAGAAAAAAUGUUGUUGAGAACAUUUUCAAACAGUACUAUGAAAGAGGUUAUAUAUUUGAACAAUAUGAUGACAUAACUGGAACGGGUAGGGGGAGCUUCCCCUUUACUGGAUGGUCUGCUCUUGUUGUGAACAUAAUGGCAGAAAAAUACUAA